CAUUAGCACUUUACCCUAUGCUCCUUUAUUACACGUAAUGAAAGGAUUAAGUUUUUUUUAACUGUUUUCUAGUUUCACGCCAUUAGACACAUGUCAAUGUCAUGGCCAAAACAAACUAUUUAAUUUUUUUAGAGGAAGAUUACACUCAAUUCUAAAUUUUUUUUUUGUAAUUCAAAAUUGCUGUGAUAAUAUCCAACAACAUGUUCCCCUUAAACGUCGUCCCGCGGUGUAGAGCAGGUAUUGCGAAAACAUUCUGCACACAACCCGCCAAAAGCAAACUUCGGGGCGCCUGCGAGUCCGGCCAGGGGAAACCCCUCGGCCAGCCGGCGCACCACACCCACCCGCAUCUACUGGGCGACGGAGAAGUGACGCCCCUAAUCAAAAAAGGCGAGUACCAGUGCCGCCGUCAGAACUUGGUCGAGUCGGUUGUAUCUAAUGCCACCAAAAGCGACCCCCACGCGAAACGCCACAUGAUAGUCAUACCGGCCGCGACCAAGCAAUAUAUGUCCGACAAAAUCCCCUACGUCUUCCGUCAAAACUCCGAGUUCCUUUACCUAACCGGGUGCCAGGAACCAGACACGUGUUGCGUCAUAAUGACGGGCGAGUCUCCCGGGGACCAUCGCACCACCCUCUUCACACGUGACAAGGACGAGCACGCGGAAUUGUGGGACGGGCCCCGUACCCACCCCGAAGACGCUCCCGCGUUUUUCGGCGUCGACCAGAGUCUGCCUGUCAGCGAACUGUCGAAUUUUUUACUCUCCUGCCGCAAGGAGGCCCCGGACUUGCGUCUGUGGUACGACGUCGCCAACCCAGUACACAGAGACGUGCACCAAAUUGUCUGUGACUACUUGAAGGAAGUUUCGGCCAAAACGUGCGAGUCUCCGCGCUCGUUCAUACACAAACUGCGGCUGUACAAAAGCACGGCUGAGAUGGCGCUCAUGCAAAAAUCGGGAGACAUCGCCUCCAAGGCUAUAGCGGAGACGAUGGCGUUUUCGAGACCCGGGAUUGGGGAGGACCAGCUAUUCGCCAAGGUCGAUUUCGAGUGCAGAAUGCGGGGGGCAGAAUUCUUGGCUUACCCGCCGGUGGUAGCCGGCGGCAGUCGAGCCACCACUAUACACUACAUCGACAACAACCAGGUGCUCAGCGAUGACGAGCUGGUGCUCAUGGACGCCGGUUGCGAGUACCACGGGUACGCCAGCGAUGUGACGCGCACGUGGCCCGUCAACGGCAAGUUUACCGCCCCCCAGCGGGAGAUUUAUGAGAUCGUAUUGGACGUGCAGGAGCAGCUCAUCCAACUAUGCGGUCAGUACCCAACGUUGGACUCGCUGUUUGAGUCUAUGUGCUACCUUCUUGGGAAAAAGCUGCAGGAUGCCGGGCUUGUGGGGCCACAACCCUCCAACAACUAUUUGAUGAAGGCCGCGUACCAGCUUUGCCCCCACCACGUCUCCCACUACCUGGGCAUGGACGUGCACGAUACCCCCUCCCUACCGCGGAACAUCAAAAUAGAACCGGGCAUGGUGAUCACCGUCGAACCCGGCAUCUACGUAAGCGACCGGAACAGCACCCUGCCAAAGGAGUACCACAACAUUGGCGUGCGGAUAGAGGACGAUGUCCUCAUCACAGUCAACGGGCCCGUCGUGCUCAGCCGCAAGUGCCCUAAGACUGUGAGCGACAUCGAGGCCGUCGUCAGAGAAGGCACCUGCGUCCUCUAAAAUCGUCCACUUUGUGUCCGUUUCGCGUCUUAACCAAUAAAAGAGUCCGUUUUA